UUAAUCUAUUAAAAAAUAAAAAAUCAGUUAAGUGAAAUUUAUAUUUUUAAAUACAAGAAACUUGAAAAAUGAAAUUUUAAUUUUUUUCUUUCAAAAUCUAAAUAUCCGAAUCCGAUCCGAAAUAACUGAAUUCAAACUAAAAAUACCCGAAUCCGAUCCGAAGUACAUAAAUACUCGAACGAGUUCUACACCUCUAUAACAAAAAUCCAAAAUAUCCGACCCGAACGGCCACUCCUAGUAACAAGUGUUAAUAUUAUUUACCAACAUAUAUGUUAAACCAAAAACCAAUAACUUAUAAGUAUCAUCCUAAUUAACAAAAUUAAUAAAAAAACAUACGAAUAAAUUAAUAUGACAGAGGAAAUCAAUUUAAAUAUAAACAUAUAUUGAACAAACUUAUAUAAUUUUAUAUGGCACUACUGAUGUUUUAAUGUAGUUCCCUUGCUUUUUUCCCUUUUUCUUAUUUUUCUCUUUGGAAUAUAAUAUAUAGCUUUUUCUCUCAUGCUCCUUUUUUUUUCUUUUUACGUUGUCCUUCUUUAAAAUUCUUCUAUAUCAAAAUCCUUUUGAAUGUAUAUAACAUAAACACUUGAUUUUUGGUGCUGCUUGGAAAAACCUUCACCGUGUCAAAAUCAUGCAUAUAUAACUUGGUUGGUCCAAGAUCGAGAGAUAUACCAUUUUUCAUGGAGAUGUUAUGAUGUUAAUGAUGACGGAGAUGAUGACCAUCAUGGUAGGUAUUGAUGGUAAAAGCUUGUUGUGAUGUGGGUCAUGAUCAUCAGAUUGGAAAAUGGAACAGUUACCCAUGAUGAUCUUGGUUGCCAGGAGAGUCAGGGGCUGGCCAAAAUGUUGAGUACUUCAACCAUUCUGCUUCUUGUUGAUUCCCCAUUGAUGAUGAUCCCUAGACCAAUCAAAGUUGUUUCUAAAUAUUACACACAUAUACAUCAGUGUAUAACUAUAUAAUUAAGUGUGUGAGCAUACAUAUUUGAAAUUUAGGCAUGGGCACAUAGAGGAUAUCCAAAAAAUUGUAGUAUCCGUGAUCUGUAUUGUCCCAAAAAAACCUAUGUUUGCGACUGGUUUUGUUCUGGAGAAUUUUGAAUAUUUAGAUAUUCAGAUAUUCAAAAUUCUCUUAAGUAUUAGCGGAUUGUUUGAUUCGACAUGUUAAUUAUAUUAAAAUAGAUAAUUAUAAUAUUAAAAUUAAAAUAAUCAAAAUUUUAUGAUAUCGUUAUAAUAUAAAAUAAUAAUAACAUGCUAACAAACUAACAUUUUAAUGGAACUGUACAGAAAACCCAAAAAAUUCAAUAUUAACAAAUCUAAUAAGAAAAUUCAUAUGUUAACAUUUGACUCAACAUAAAAUUAAUUAUAUAUAUUUUUACAAAAAUAUUUCAAAUUAAGAAUAUAAUUUAAUAUAUAUAAUUAAAUAAGAUACAUUAUUUUUAAUAGAAAAAUAUAAAAUUAUUAAAUAUAUAUUAUAUAAUGUUUAGGAAUAAACCAAUUAUAUAUUGAUCAUAAUAAUUUUAUAUAUUAUUCUACCAAUCAUUGUUAACAGGUAUAUUAAUAAGAAUAUACAACUUUUGUAGCAACUAGGCCUGGAACUUAUUAUCCAAGAUCCGGAUUCGAUCAGAGAUCCGCUUCGAAUCCGUUCAGAAAAUAGGAUAUUCGGGGUGCCCGGAUCCGAAUCCGGAUAGUAAAAUCUUGGAUCUGUCCAAACCGAAUCUGAAUCCGGAUAUCUUAAUUUUUAGGUCCGGAUAUCCGGACCCGAAUCUCUAUUUUUAAAACACAUUAAAUUUUUAAAUUUUAUUAAUAUUUAUAUUUGAUAUAUUAAUCUUAUACAUGAAUUAAUUUUAUAAUAUUAUAUUUUAGUUUUUACAAUAUUAUAGAGAUAUAUAAAUAUAUUUAUAAAUAUUUGAUCUAUGUAUUAUAUUAAAAAAAUUAGUAUUUUUAAAAAAUAUUAUUUUUGAAUUAUUCUUAGUUAUUUUUACGGAUUCGGAUUCGGAUCCGGAUAUUUACGGGUAAUAGAAUAUCGGGACGGAUAUCAGAAAUCCGGAUAUCCGGAAAUCACGAAUCCGGAUCCGGAUGUCCGGGAAAUACAGGGUAUCCGGCGGAUCCGGACGCAGUUUUUAACCUAGUCUUACGGUUAAAUUGUUAUAUAGUAUAAAUUUCCCAUAUAAAAAAAUACAUUUUCUGGAGACUAUGUUUAUGGUCGUAAAACGAUGUCGCGUCAAGGAAAGUUACUUGACUAAUAAUAAUAAUAAUAAAACUAAGUGCUACAAGACAAAGUAACAUAAUCCAAUGAGCAAAGUUUCCAUUAAAAUAUUAGACAAAAAGUACGGCUGUCAAACAAGGAAUGUCGGACAAAUAUCUAAGCGAGUAGAUUAUCAACAGAGAAAUACAAUCUAUAUAAGUUUUUGAAGUCCGUCUUUCAAUUGGACUGCAUUUGCAAGUUGAUGGGGAAAUCAUUAAUGUUUAAAGAAGCAUUAAUGAGUGAAUAAUGCAUAUCUAUGGUCCCUAUUUGUACUAUAUAUUGUUAAGAGUUUCAAAAAAGAAGAAGAUAAUAUAUAGUUGCAGAUAUAGAAGCUUAACCAAUGUUAAUAAAUUUAUUUUUGUAUAAAAAUAUUAUAUAGUUUACGAAUUUGAAGUCACUUUAAUGAUGAGUGAUAAUUUAUUUAAAUAAUUUUUUUUUAAUUUUUGUUGUUGUAAAUUUACCUAUUUAAUAUAAUUUUAUCAUAUUUAAUUCAUAUAGCACUUCUAUUUUUAUAUAAUACAGAAUAUAAUUAUAUAAUUUAUAAAAAUAGUAUAUAAUUUUUUUUCUUGUUUUAUAAUAAAAUUUUAGCUAAUACUGAUUUAUAAUAAUAUUAUAUUACUAAUUACGAAAUUAAUUAAUAUAUUAUUUUAUAAAGAUAUUUAAAAUUUUAAGUAAGAUUUUGUUAGAUUCUUUCUUAACAGAUUUUGUUAUAAUUUCAAAAAAAAAAUCAAACUUCUAUUUGGUUUAUUAUUAAUGUAAAUAAUCAAAAUGUCAUAUUAACUAAUUCAUAAAAGGGUCAUGAUAUGACUUGUUAAUAGUAGAUAAAAAUAGAACUCUAAAUUAAUAAAUUAGAUAUUAAUAAUUUCAUUUUCUAUCAUUUUUUAGUUGUCCUAAAUCAUUGUUGAGAUAUUUUGUAUAAGUUGGAGUUAUUGGUUAGUGUAUUUUGAUGGAUUAAAAAAUCCAAACUUUAUUUAGCGUUAUUGGUAUGAUUUUAAAGUAUGUACUGAAAUAAUGUGUGAUUGGUUUAAUGAUUCAUAAAUUUCUAAUUCAAAUAAAUUGUUAUUCAAUCAUAUUAAUUUACUAAGGUGGUGUAUUCAACUGAGAGUUUUAGGUGAUUUGUAUUAAAAUGACAAAUCCACUAUUAUUCAAACAUGAAUUUAAAAACUCAUUUAAAAUCCAUUAUUAUUGAACUUAACAUUUCGUAGAGUACUCUAAAAUCCACUGUUAUUGAAAAUAUUUUAAGUUGUGGAGUUUUAAAGUUUCCAGGUGAUUUUAGGGUGUUUGUGUGGAGUUUCUUAGUUUAAAAAAUUAAAACCCAAAUCUCAUGGUUUUAGGUUAUAUUCUAGAGUGGUUUAACAAAAAUCACCUAAAUUUCUGCAACUUAUUGAAAUCAUCUAAAACUCCAUUUAAAGUCAAAUCACCUCAAAUGUUAUAUUGAAUACACCCCCUUAAUAGAUUUGAUUUUAUAAUGGAUUUGCAUUGAUUUCAUUGUUAAAAAUACAAAGACUCAAAUCCGAGGGAAAAAUUCCGGAUUUAUAAAUACUAAUCCGAAAGAAUUUAAAAAUUUAUAUUUUACUUGGAUUUAUAAAUACUGUAUGGAUUUAUAAAUCAAUCAAAAUAUAUAAACCAAUAACACCUCCUUAAGACUUUCUUAAAUAAGUUAUUUUGUAUAAGAUUUUAUUUAAAAAAAACAAAAAUUACAUGCAGUACACUAUUUUUCUUUUAGUUAGAUUAUCUAUUUCGUCGCCAAUGUUUCUAAAACUGGCCAGACUUUGGAAACCAGUGACACUACACAUAGUUUUUUUUAGGUGUAAAUGUUAAAUUGACACUACACAUAGUUUUAAACUUUUAAUACUUCAAAAGAACAAUAUGUUCAUAGGACUCCGGCAACAAAAGAGAUUUCCAAAUAAAUCUAAUAAUCCAAAAAACACUACCUUUACUUCCGGAAAAGUUUUUGAAUGUUACCUGAUAAAUGUCCACAUCAUGAAAACAUCCAGAUAAGUCAAUUUUGUGGAGUUACCAAAAAAAAAAAAGUUUCAAUCUCGUGGAAAAUCUCAACACACGGCUAUUUAGACUCUGAAUGGUAACAUCGGAUUGAGUGGUGCAGAACAAACAUAUUAGAUAGUGCGAUGCGGUUUAACUUCGGUUUAUAUUAGAGAAACGCACGUUGCAGAACAACCAUAGUUCAUCUAAAAAAGAGUUCAAAACAAAAUACGAAUAGUUAGUGACAUAAUAAACUGUGAGAUACAUAUAUAAUAUAUUUAUAUUUUACAAACUAAAAACUACAUGAUACUAAUAUAUUAUUAAAAUAUAUUUUACUUUAUUUUAUUUAAAAAUUAUAAUUAUGCUAUUUGUCUUUGAAAAAAAAUUAACUCAAAUUUUUUUAUUUAAAAUAAAAAUGUUACAAUUAGUAUUAAAAUUUUACUAUUGAAUUUUUCUCAUGUAAUUUUAUAAAUAAUAUGAAAACUGAUAAUUUUUAGUUAAAAUACCAAAAUAAAUCAAAGCUGAAAAUUUGAACCAAAUCUGAUAUGAUAAAAAUAAAUCUGAACCAAAUGUGAUCUGAUAAAAUUGAAUCUGAACCAAUCUCAACUCAACACAAAAUGCCGAAGGGAUUUUGUUUUACGGUAUUUUGGGUUGUAGGUGUUAUCCUAACUUAAUGUAUUAUGUACCAUAAUGCGUUCUUCUCAUUCCAUAGCUAACAUCCGAAGCCUUAUUCAUAACUAUGACGCUGUUAUGAUAACCUUUUUACUUGUAAAAUUCAGGAUAAAUUUUGAUUAAUAUUUGGUAAAUAAUUUGGUUUUAGCUGUUUAAGGUUCAAUUUUUUAAUUAUUCCCCCAUAUAUUUUCAUUUAAUUUAGUCAUCUUUAGCAUGUCAUUUGAUCAUUUGUUUUUAAGUUAACUAUUUAUUUUUAUUACGGAUACUAAACUCAAUAUCUGUUAGGAAGAAAAUUUAUAUCAUUCUCUUCAAUAAUCAGGAAAUAACCAAUAGUUCUGAAAUAACUAAUAAGGGAAUUUCUCAUAAAAAACAAUGCAUGUAUAAAACAAUUUUAAAAACUAUAAACCUAUAUAAAAUAUAUAUAUUCAUUAAAAUCAACAAUAGUCUAUAGGUUUCAAAAUAAUGCCAUUAGUUUUAGUUAUGUUUUGUUUAUAAAAUAUAUUAAUAACAAUACCUAAUUUUUUUAAAUUUUACAUAGGCAGUAAAAUUAUUUUCAGAUAAUUAUUUAAUAUUUUUUUUUUAUAUAGAGUAUUUAACAGUAUUGACCCCAUACAGCUCCUAGUCUAAAGCUGACUAUCUAGACCAUGGUUGAAAUAUUUAACCAAACCAUAGUUAAGUGUUUCACUUAUAUAAAGCCCUUGCCGGUGAAACAGCAAACAAUAAAAACCAGAGAGAGACGACGACGGAUGUUACUUCUUGCCGGAAAAUAAAGAAAGAAGAUGAUCGGAGAAAAUCGCGAGCCUUACCCGACGGUGCAGAUUCCUACAUGGCCGGUUUCUGAAGACUUUACAACGGCGGAGAUUUUUUCUCUGGCCAUGAACAGUCCAGAUUGCAGCAUGCUUAAAGCUUUAACGGCGUUACAUCGUUAUCUUCCGUCUAACGAAUCGUAUCCGGAUUCCGACCCGGAACCAUUCGGACCGGACUCUCCAGUCGAUGCUUACUCCUGUGACCAUUUCCGCAUGUACGAUUUCAAAGUCUUGAGGUGUUCUCGUGGCCGGAGCCAUGACUGGACGGAGUGUCCGUACGCUCACCCCGGAGAAAAGGCUCGCCGGAGAGAUCCGACGAAGUACAAUUACUCCGGGACGGCUUGUCCGGAGUUCCGAAAAGGCGGUUGCAAGAAAGGAGACUCUUGCGAGUUUGCUCACGGAGUUUUCGAGUGUUGGCUUCAUCCUUCUCGUUACAGGACUCAGCCGUGUAAAGACGGCGGUGGAUGUCGCCGGAAAGUUUGUUUCUUUGCUCACUCGCCGGAGCAGCUAAGGUAUGUCCAGGCCCGAAGCCCUGAUCGGGUCGAUUCCUUCGUUAGAGCGUUUCAGCUCUCGAUAUCGCCUGUUUCUAGUUCGCCGCCGGUGAGUCCGAGAGCUGACUCGGAGUCUUCUCAGUCACUGAGUCGCUCGCUCGGGUCUAGUUAUAUAAACGACGUGACGACGUCGUUUCGGAACUUACGGUUUGAGAAAUUGAAAUCAUUUCCUUCGUAUUAUAACAAUCCGUUUCGAUGCUACCAAUCCGGAUUCGGGUCGCCCCGAGGAUCCAUGUUGGGUCCUGGGUUUCAGAGUCUGCCUACAACUCCGGCCCGACCCGAGAAUCUGGAUAUUUGGGAGAAUGGUUUAGAAAAAGAUCCCGCAAUGGAGCGGGUCGUAGAGUCGGGUCGUGAGCUUAGAGCGAAGAUGUUUGAGAAACUGAGCAAGGAGAAUUGCAUGGAUCGGGUUGAACCGGAUCAAAAUUCGGGUGAUGCUCCUGAUGUCGGGUGGGUAUCUGAACUGGUGAUGCAAGAGGACUAAACCGGCCCGUACCCGAAUGUCAAGAUCUCAUUGAUAAGUCAUCAUUUUUUCCGUGAUCUCUUCCAAGGAAAAGAGGAGGAGAUCUAGAAUUGUGUUCAUAUUAUUAUUAACCAAUUUCGUAUUAUCUGACAAUAAUAGUAACUAAAUAAGGAUUUUUGGGAGGAUUUUUCUGAGGACUUUAUAAUCUCGUUGUAUAGAUGUGCCUAGGGGUUUUACUCAAGCUAUAUUAAUAGUAAUCAUCUUUGUUGAUGAGUUUUACAAAGUUUCGACCUAGGACAUUUUACACUUUAUAAAUAUAUUUCAAAUAUA